UUCUAAGUGCCAGGGAGAGAACACGAAGAAGAAGGAUUUAAAAAAAGAAAAAAAAAGAAGAAGAAGCAUGGCUGCUGACAUGAGAUUACCAACUCUUCUUAAAUCGGUGUCGUUAUCGGGUUCUGCUUUCGACCGGAAAGAUCUCGUCGUCCCGGGCGAUGUUAUCACCUCAGACACCGGUUUCAUGAGGGGUCAUGGCACCUACGUGGAUGAUGACAAGCUGACGGCUUCAGUCGCUGGAGAGGUGCAGAGAGUAGACAAGCUGAUCUGCGUCAGACCACUUCAGACUAGGUUCAACGGUGAGGUUGGGGAUGUGGUGGUCGGCAGAAUCACAGAGGUACAACAGAAAAGGUGGAAGGUGGAGACCAAAUCCCGCCUGGACUCUGUCCUCUUGUUGUCCUCUGUCAAUCUGCCUGGAGGAGAGCUGAGGAGAAGAUCAGCAGAAGAUGAGCUCACCAUGAGAGAAUACCUUCAGGAGGGCGAUCUCAUCAGUGCAGAGGUGCAGUCGGUCUUCUCAGAUGGAGCCUUAUCCCUCCACACCCGUAGUUUAAAGUAUGGAAAAUUGGGUCAAGGAGUGCUGGUACAGCUCUCUCCUUCUCUGAUCAAGAGGCAGAAAACCCAUUUCCACAACCUGCCAUGUGGUGCAUCCAUGAUCCUUGGCAACAACGGCUUUGUGUGGUUGUAUCCCACACCUGAACAACUGGACGAAGAUGCCGGUGGAUUCUACACCAGCCUGCAGCCCGUUGGUCUGUCAGAUCGAGAGGUGAUUUCACGGUUGAGAAACUGCCUGCUGGCUUUGGCUGCACACAAGGUCCUGCUGUAUGACACCAGUGUUCUCUAUUGCUAUGAAUUGUCAGUUCAACAUCAGGUAAAGGACAUCUUGAAACCAGAAGUGAUGGAGGAGAUUGUAAUGUUGACCCAACAGAAGCUCUUGGAACAGGAAGGUUAAAGAGCACAGCACGUGGACACGAUCAAGCAGCUAUGUCGACGACUGACCAGCUAUUCAAGGACCGAUUAUCCUUUUUUUUUUCUCCCAAAGAACCAUUCUUGUUGUAACAGUCGUGUUGUACAGCUCUAAGUGUAUUUUUGAUAAUUGAUUGAUUUUUAGGUAUUUCUUUUAAUUCUGCGGCAUUCAGAAAUCUUUAGAGUAACUGUGUUUUACAGAGGCUAGGAGUAAUACUUUGAUAAUGUCUGGUGGAAAAAAAAAUUGUAUGGAAUACAUUUUCUAUAAACUUCAGAACUUCUCAGUGUGCUAUGAUUUGUUGAAUGACGAAGGGAAAAAAAUGUCUGAACCGUUUAGUUAAUAUAUGUAUUAAAUAUUUUCCUAGUAGCAAUAACAAGGUAUGAAUUACAUUAUUCUUACAUACAUUUUCUUAAUUAGGACUGUGAGCUCUGACUGGUUACUAUUAAGUUGCGGAUGAACUGGCGUAAUCAGAGCACUACAUAUUUAUCGAAGGAUUUAUAUUUUAAUUAUAUUGCUUCAUUAGCAGUAAUGGUGUGCACAUUUCUGGGAAUAAAACACUUUACAGUGUCAUCAUCACAGAGGAUGUCCACCAGUAAGGAUUUUUUACAGUACCAAUUGUGUGAUUAAAAUAAAGCUUAUGAAAACACUGUCAUCUUUCAAAACUCUUGAACGUUAUCGACCCGAAAAUUGUUGCGGCGUAGAUGUUUUU